UGUGGGAGUUUCCGGUCUUGGCCGUGGCGGGAGUGUUUGGAAGCUCUGCUCCUGGGUGAAAGCAUGUCUCAGGAACGCGCGGUCCCGGUGAGCGCGGUUCCCCUGGAAGAAAUAAGUAGCUGGCCGGAGGAGCUAUGCCGCCGGGAGCUGCCGUCUGUCCUGCCUCGUCUCCUUUCUAUGUAUCAGAAUUCUGACUGUUGGAUUGAGCAUAUUCAAAUUCUGAAAAUUAUUGUAGAAAUGUUUUUACCUCAUAUGAACCACCUGACACUGGAACAGACUUUCUUUUCACAAGUACUGCCGAAGACUGUGAAAUUAUUUGAUGACAUGAUGUAUGAGUUAACCAGUCAAGCCAGAGGACUAUCAAGCCAAAAUUUAGAAAUCCAGACCACUCUAAGAAAUAUUUUACAAACAAUGGUACAGCUAUUAGGAGCUCUUACAGGAUGUGUUCAGCAUGUCUGUGCCACUCAGGAAUCCGUCAUUCUAGAAAAUAUUCAUAGUCUUCCCUCCUCAGUCCUGCGUGUAAUCAAAAGUACAUUUGUGCAUUGUAAGAAUAGUGAAUCUGUCUAUUCUGGGCAUUUACACCUAGUCUCAGACCUUCUGCAAGCUCUUUUCAAGGAGGCCUAUUCUCUUCAAAAGCAGCUAAUGGAACUGUUGGAUAUGGUUUGCAUGGACCCUUUAGUAGAUGAGAAUGAUGAUAUUUUGAAUAUGGUAGUAGUUAUUCAUUCAUUGUUGGAUAUCUGCUCUGUUAUUUCCAGUAUGGACCAUGCAUUUCAUGCCAAUACUUGGAAAUUUAUAAUUAAGCAGAGCCUGAAGCACCAGUCGGUUAUAAAGAGUCAGCUGAAACAUAAAGAUAUAAUUACUAGCUUGUGUGAAGACACUCUUUUCUCCUUCCAUUCUUGUUUACAGUUAGCUGAGCAGUUGGUACAGCCACAUGCACAGGAUAAUGCUGACUACAGAUUAUUUCAGAAAACACUCAAAUUGUGUCGUUUCUUUGCCAACUCCCUUUUGCACUAUACUAAGGAAUUUCUUCCUUUCCUCUCUGAUUCUUGCUGUACGUUACACCAGCUUUAUCUUCAGAUACACAGUAAGUUUCCACCAAGCCUCUAUGCUGCCAGGAUUUCAAAAGCACAACAGGAGGAAAUAGCAGGUGCUUUCCUGGUUACACUGGAUCCGCUCAUCAGUCAGCUUCUCACAUUCCAACCUUUUGUGCAGGUGGUUUUGGACAGUAGAUUAGAGCUGCCGUGUGAACUGCAGUUUCCACACUGUCUACUGCUGGUUGUCAUCAUGGACAAGCUGCCCUCGCAGCCCGAGGCUGUGCAGGCCCUGUGGUGCGCAGACAGCCAGGUCUCAGGAGCUACAACCAGUGGCAUUCUGUGUACCAGUACCAGGCUGCUCACCCUAAACCCCAGCCCUCCUACUCAGGUGUCUCUACUCAAAGGCAUUUUCUCCAGUUUUGAGCAGUGUUCUGGUGAACUCUCUCUACCUGUCUGUUUACAAGGAGUAAGGAGUAAAGGGCAAGCUGAAGCUGCUGUCACCUUGUAUCAGCACGUUUGUGUUCAUCUGUGUGCAUUUAUCACUUCCUUUCAUCCCUCACUGUUUCCUGAACUGGAUACUGCUCUGUUGGAUGCUGUGCUUAGUGCUAAUAUGAUCACCUCUCUGUUAGCUAUGGAUGCAUGGUGCUUCCUUGCUCGAUAUGGGACUGCUGAACUCUGUGCCCACCAUGUCACCAUAGUGGCUCAUCUGAUAAAGUCUUGCCCUGGAGAAUGUUACCAGCUCACCAACCUAGCAAUACUGCUGAAGCGUCUCUUCUUCUUCAUGGCCCCACCUCAUCAGGUGGAGUUUAUCCAGAAAUUUUCCCCAAAAGAACCAGGAAAUCUGCUUCUGUGGCAGUACAUUUCCUUUCAGGCAUUACCUGCUGAUCUUAGGCGACAGACUGCCCGCGAGGUCAGCAGGGUGUGCACCGCGCAGUGCAGGGAGUGGCUAGGCAGCAGUCGCACUGUGGGGGAGCUGGAGUCUCUGAACACGGUGCUCUCUGCUUUGCUUACUGUGUGUAGUUCUGCUGGGGAAGCUUUGGAUAGUGGACAACAAACUGCAGUUAUGGAAGUUGGGAGUCAGCUUUGGGCUCUUUUAAACAUUAAACUGGUAACAGGUCAACCUUACGUUCAACAGACACUCAGCCUUUUGCUUCCACUAUUGGGAUUUUUCAUUCAAACUCUAGAUCUUCAGCUGAUAAGUCAGGUGGUCACUUUGCAGACCUCACUACUUAAACUAGAGCCUCCCGACCACGUGCGUUUGGCAGUGCUUGAUUUUGUAUCCUCUGUAGGAAAACUUUUUAUACCUCAGGCUAUGCAGGACAAAAUUCUGCCCAGCCUGUCUUCUAUUUUUGCCUCACUGUUGGCUGACAGGAACUGGUUACUAGAACAACAUACCUUGGAGGCAUUCACUCAGUUUGCAGAGGGAACAAAUCAGGAAGAGAUAGUUCCACUGUGUCUCAGUUCUGAAGAAACAAAGAACAAAGUUGUAUCCUUUCUGGAGAAGACGGGGUUUGUAGAUGAAACUGCAGAUGCCCGAGUGGAACGUAUCAAACAGGAGAAAGGUAUUUUCUGGGAGCCCUUUGCUAAAGUUACUGUGGAAGAAGCAAAGUGGUCAUCUUUACAGCCUUACGCAAAGAGAGCCCGUCACGAGCUCCCCGAGGAGGAAGAGUACAGGGCAGCAGUGCAGGCGGCGGCAGGGGCCUUGGGGGCAAUUGAGUCAUUACUCCAGCAGUCCGUUCCUCCAGACUGGCUUCUAACAGAAAUGGAGGCGCUCCACGAAAGGAUCGACGAGCUAAAACGCCGUGUGGUUUAAGGUGACACUUGAGUGGACUGGACCAUAUUAACAGUAGAUAGAGUUGGAUAUCAUUUUUUGUCAUCCUGCAAUAGAUUCUUUAAGUGAAAAUAUUGAUGUAAUUAUGUCUGUAUAUUUUCUAACACAUAAAACAACUUUUGUAAAGUUGAAUCUAAUGAAAAUAGUCUUUAUUGGACAUUAAGAGAACAGGAUUGUGGGGGAUAUUUCUCAUUAAGAACUUUGGUACAAGGUAACACAGGUGGAACAGUCAGUAACUGCCCCGGUCCCCACAGGGCCACUCAUUCAGAUAGCACAUCUGUAAACAAAUAAAUAAGCUGCCUAAGGGAACCUCAGCAAUUUAAAAUCAUUUCUAUACUCUACAGCUAAAAUAUCUUCAGUAGGUUUCAUAACAGAGCUUACUCUUCUGACAAAGAAAUGGCACAAAAUUAAGCUAAUCAGCUUGGAUUUUUCUAUUUAUUUUCUUUACGCCUGGAAUUGUUCUGGAAAAAAAGCAGUAAAUUCAACCUUUCCACAGCCACUUGCUCUACACAGAAACUGGCCUCAGUCGGACGCACAGGCUCGUCCUCUGAGGAAGGCUGGGAACCUCCUCGCCGCCCAGGGCUUCCCGCCAGCACGCCGCGUCUCACGCUUCCAUUGGCACAGACUGGAAAAAGAGCUCCUGGUAUGAGAAAAACAGGAUGCUUUGGGGUUUUCUUGUCUGCAGAGCCUGCUUUUGAGGUAUUAGUUUGAUUUUUUUUUUUUUUAAAGGAAUCCUUUUUCCUAGAGAUGAACUCACACCUGUUGUCACCAGUUAGUAUCUUCCCAGUUCAGCUCCCCUUCUUCUCCCCAGCCCGCAGACUCUCCCUGCAACAAGAUAAAGCAAACCAAGGGCAACCUGCUCAAACAACUCAUGUUCAGACUAGAAAGGUCAGGAAUUUUAAAGGGGCCCAAAACUUGUCUAAAAGACAUCUCCUCGUGUAAAAAUUACUGUAACAGGAAGCUGAAAGGAUUACCCUGGUUCUAGCAGUACACUGGAAAAUAACUUUCCAGUGACUACAUAAUCAUUAAGAUCAGUCUGAUGACACCACAUUCUUGGUUUAAUCCCCCUUUCCAAAUAAAAAGGUUAUUGCAGUAAGUGGCCCGUUAAACACUUAGGCCAAGCACUGCUGCAUUUUUCCAAGGAAGGAAAGAUGCCGUUUACAGGACCUGAGUUUAUUCAUUUUAUGCUUGACCAUUGUACCUAGUUGGUCAAUGUACAUCAGUCUUUUCUCUCACUAGGAGAACAGCACGUCACCUGUUAUAAAUGGGACAGUGCGCCUGGCAGCUACACGGGAGGUCCUUAAACGCGCACGGCACAGUGCAGUGAUCCUUACCUCAGUCAUUUCUGCUGCAGCAAAUUUUGAGGAAAACUGCAACACUGAGGAGACAUGCUCCCUGGUGGGAACCAUCGCUUCCAUCGCUUCUGUCCUCAGCCCAGGUAGGACAAGAACAGCAGUGGAAGGCUUAAUGUCUGGGGUCAUGUCAGCAAACCAGUCCAGCUCAGGGUCUCUUACUGGCUUCUUCUUUACCUGAAUGGUAAACUCCUCUCCUAAGCCAAGUUCUGAUGGAACCUUAGGGCGCCUGUCUUCUGACGACACUUUUGUUGGCCUGGUUUGGUGUGGGUCAUCCCUGCUUUGUGCAAGACCGGUCUUUUGCGGUGGGCUUGACUUCAAAGGCUUGGCCUCUUCAGUGAGUGGAAGCGAAGUCGGCAUGGCCUUGUGCUCCCCUGAGGUAACAGGUCUUGUAGCCGUGGUUCCACUUUCCAGAGUUAUUUCAGUGUCUAAGCCGCUGGGCUCAAAGUCAUCCCAAGUCUCCUCCUCAUCCACGCUCACGUUGGUGCGUGGGGGCGUGGCAGCGGCACAGGGCUCUGUGGGACAGACCUGGAGGCUGGCGGCUUUGUUCUCGGGCUCCUCGGGGUCGCUCCAGUCAGGCCAGUCCUCAGACUUUUUAGAACUUGAUGGGAACUUCUCACUGUCUCCUGAGGUAAUUUUCAAAUCCGAGAUUCCAUUAAUGGGAAAUUUAAUCGGCUGAGAAAAUUGAUUGCCUGUAGGGGAAUAAGUACAAGAAUCAUUCUCAUAAGAAGUUGGUUAAGAGCAAGCAACAUAUUUAGGAGCAAGUUGACACUAAAGACUCCUUGGAAAUAUCCAUGAUACAAAAAAUGAGAGAUCCCAGCAAAACAUAACAAAGGUGUGAUGUAAGUUAAACAGAUAUUUAAAUUGUAAUUCAAUGGAAGCAUAGCAAGCAACAACUGGAGCACAUAAUCCUUUACUAAAUAUUCAAACAUACUGUUUUGUUGGCAUAACUGUCUAUAAACAAACACAGAAAUGUUCUAAGCCAGGCAGCGUUACCCUCGAGAUGUGAAUUACAUACAUCCUGAAAAAGCAUCGUGUGCUCAAGUAAGUUUGCCUAACCCAACAUAUCCUCAUUCUAAACAGAUUUUCUUAAGUGUAGUCCAAGUCACUGAGUCUUGUGCAGUGUGUUCUGACUCUGCUAAGUUCCCCAAACUUACUUAACCAUACAGCUCUUUUUUUCAUGGUACACCUUUUAACAUCUUCCAGAAUUACCAUUCUUUAAUACAGUGUGGAAAAUGCUACACUAAGGCACCUAAAGUCCCAAAGUAAAGUAUCUGGUGCAAAAAAUUCAAGCAAUGUCAACCUGUUCAUGUGUCAGUUAUGAAGAAAAGACAGGUAAAUACCCUCUAGUCCAGGGAAGAGGUGGGUCCCAGCUGACUACGUAAUUGUGAGAGAGAGAAGCUUCAGUGUUCCCCAAAGUGCCCUUAAGUUUCAGAGCUUAUUACUCAGGAGAACAUUCCCCCAAGCAGAGGAAAAGCUCUGUAAAUUGAGUAACCUACCUGUCUGUAAGAGAGAGUUGUAAUAAUCUCGCUGUGUGUGCUGCCUGCUGUCCAGGGGCAUGCUGCCAGAAAAGAGACACUUGGGGAAUACGCUGGAGGAGGGGUUCUCCAGGACCGGCGAGGUCUGACCGCGCUGGCUGCAGACGACGUGCGUAGGGGAAUCUGAAGAUAGAUUAAAACUCAAAAAAAUGAAAGGGAUAGUAAAUUGCUUCUUUUUCUAUCACAUUAGGUGAGCAACAGUUAAGGGAAAGGGGUAUAGUUAACAGAGGGAAAAGGUAAGUUGCAGGGAGAGGGCAUCUUCAGAUAUUUGAAGAAACAUCUAUUACAGAACGGACUGCCUAUCCUACGUGGUGGUGACAGGAUAGAAGGGCUUCCAGCAUUAGGGGAGCAGGGAGGAGGCAGAGAACUUUUAUAACUAGGUAUCCUAAUGGUUUUAACAGCCUUUAAAAACACUUUGGUGGUGAUUUAACACCAUAAUUGAUUCUACUCACCUCCUUUUCAGAAUAAAAUGAAUGUACUUAAUGGCACAAAACCAUACACUUAAAAAUGGUUAAAAUGGUAAGCUUUGUGUCAUGGGCAUUUACCUUCCAACUGGGAAAAGAAAAAUAUUUUAAGAAAAUGUUAUCAUUAAUAGUUUAUCAGAAAGUUUAUACUAAAGAGUAGGUAUUAGUCAGAAGGAUUCUAACGAAAUUUUUGGCUUAAUACUUCCUCUGCCUUAGAAAAGUGCGGGUGGGGGCACUGAGCCACGUCGUCACAGGCCACAUCCCGCCUCCUCACCCCGGCCUGUGCCACAACUGCCCCACACUCUUGCUUAUUUCUUCCACUGUCUCCCCUGCUCAAGUCCUAAUUUUUCUUACAAAAUACCCCACAAAAUUCUUACUCUUGACUUUAAUAGCCUAUAAAGACCAGAAAUUAAUGCUAUUUCCCAUGUAACAUCCAGUGGGAACACACGAGAAGUAAGGAUUUUCUUGAUUCAAGGAAUCAAGGAAGUACCUAAAAAUCAGUAGCUUUUCACCAAACAGGCCAGCAAAACCCAAAGAACUUAAACAUCUAGUGUUACUGAGAGCUGCCACAACCUUUCUGGAAACUGACAGUCUCUAUUAAAAUUUAAAAUAUAUUCUUUGACUCAGUAAGAAAUCCUGAAAUGGAUGAAAGAGCCAUCAACAAGGAAAUUGCUGAAUUAUAUUCAAUGAAAUAUUAGGCAGCCACGUACUGACCUGGAGACAGGUCUCUGAUAAGCUGCUACACAAAAAAGUCAAGUAGAACUGUGCACAGCAUUUUCUCAUCACUUUUUGGUUUUUGAAUCCUUUAUCUGUGUGUGUAAACAUACAUCUGUGUGUCUUUUUGUGGGCUUAAAAAAAGGCAUGAAAGGAUUCCCACUAAACCAUUAAACUGUUUACCUUAGACCCCCCCCCGCCCCCAGAAGAAGCUGGGAGCAGGAAACUACUAGCUGUUUCCUUUUAAUUCUCUGUCAUUUGAAUACAGUCCAUCUGCAUUACUUGUAUAAUGUUAAAAAUCUAAUACAUUAAAACAACAACACUUAAAAGGUAGGCCUUUUAGUCAUUCUUACCUUCUGGGGAAAGGUCGAUGGUUUUAGUGAAACUUGGGGCAGUGCGUUUGAAGAUCUUGGUUCUUUCUCCUCCCACGACCACCUCUGGUCCAAGCAGGGAGACCAGCACUGCUAGGCUGUGAAGAGUAAUUGCCACAAUGGAAUCGCUGGUAUCGCGCAGGCCCAGUAACACCUAGGAGUGAAUUGGGUCAUAAGCGCAGAUAACCACAUUGUCUGCCUUUUUCUCCCCUGUAAACAGCAGGCGGGCUUCACUCAGACUGCUUGCUCAGAUGAGCGCCGUUUCUUAGAUAUGUGUUCUAUCUAGGUCAGUAGUUCUCAAACUAUCUGUGGUCGAGGGCCAAUAUUUUCCCCUCCCAAUCCAUCACAGCCCGAUAUGUUAAAAAAAAAAUACCCCCCAAAAUGAAAUUAAAUAGACAAAUACAUUGGAGAUAACAUAGAUUAUUCUGUUAAGUUGCUAUAAAAGGUUUUAGAUUUGUGCACGAUGGCUGUUGGCUCCUUCCUCCAACCCAAGGCCAGAGUCCUCCCAAGAGCUCAGCACUUCUAAGCCUCCCACACCCAGUAUUCCCAGGUGGCCUUCCAUCCAAGUACUAACCAAGCUCAAGACUCAUCUAAAUGAGGCCACAAGCGACCCACUUCAGGUGUAAGGACACAGACAAAACAAAGGAACAGAAAAAAGAUGUUCCAUACAAAUGAAAACCAAAAGCAGGCUGGGGUCACUAUACUUGUAUCAGACAAAACAGACUUUGAAACAAAGAUGGUAGUAAGAGACAAGGGCAUUACAUGAUAACAUGAGGAUAUAACACUUACAAAUAUUGAUGCACCAAACAUAGGAGAACCUAAAUACAUAAUGCAAAUAUUAACAGACCCUAAAGGAGAAAUAGAGCAACAUAGUAAUAGUAGGGGACUUUAAUACCCCACUUACACCAAUGGGUAGAUCAUCCAGACAGGAAAUCAGUUAAGAAAACACUGGCCUUAAAUAACACAUUACAUGAACUUAAUAGAUUUACAAAGAAUAUUCAAUCCAAAAGCAACAGAAUACACAUUCUUCUCAAGUGCACAUGGAACAUUGUCCAGGAGAGAUCCCAUGUUAAGUCAUAAAACAAGUCUUAAUAAAUUUAAGACUAAAUCAUAUCAAGCAUGUUUUCUGACCCAUUCAAUGGUGUGAAACAAGAAAUCAAUUACAAGAAGAAAACUGAAAAAUUAAAAUAUGUGAAGAUUAAACAGUAUUGUACUGGGUCAAAGAAGAAAUCAGAGGAUAAAUCAAAAACACCUUGAGACAAAUAAAAAUGGAAAUAAAACACAUGGGAUGGAGCAAAAGCAGUUCUAAAAGGGAAAUUCAUAAGAGAGAAAUUCCUACCUGAAGAAACAAGAAAAAUCCCAAGUAAACAAAUGACUCUACACCUCACGAACUAGAAAGAGAGCAAAGGAAACUCAAAGCUGGUAGAAGGAAGGAAAUAAAUAUCAGAGUAGAAAUAAAUGAAAUAGAGACUAAAAAGACAAAAGAAAAAAAUGAAGCUAAGUUUUUUUUUUUCCAAAAGAUAAAAUUGACAAACCUUUAGGAGACUCAAGAGGAGAGAGGACUCAAAAUCAGAAAUGAAAGAGGGGGCGGGGAUAGCUCAGCAGUACAGCUCAUGCUUAGCAUGCACAAGGUCCUGGGUUCAAGAAAUGAAAGAGGACACGUUAAAACUGUUGCCACACAAAGGAUCACGAGAGGUUACUAUGAACAGUUAUAUUUAUGCCAACAAAUUUGACAAAGCAGAAGUGGAGAGACUCCUAGAAACAUACUGCUGACCAAUACUAAUACUCAAACAGGAAAUCUGAACACAUGGAUCAUUAGUAAGGAGAUGGAAUCAGUAACCAAAAACCUACCAACAAACAAAAGUCCAGGAACAGAAGGCUUCACUGGUGAAUUCUACCAAACAUUCAUUAAAAGAAUUAGAACUAAUCCUCAAAUUCUUCUAAAAAAUAGAAGAGAAGGAAACUCAUAUUAAAAGGCCAGUAUUAAUUACCUUGAUACCAAAACCAGACAGGGACACCACAAGAAAAGAAAAUUACAGGUCAAUAUCCCUGGUGAACAUAGAUGCAGAAAUUCUCAACAAAAUUACAAAACAGAAUUCAAUACAUCAAAAGGUUCACACACCGUGAUCAAGUGGGAUUUAUUCCAGUGAUGUGGGCACAGUUGAACACCCACAAAAUCCAUGUAAUACACCACAUUAACAAAAUGAAGAAUAAAAAUCAUAUGAUCUUCUCAAUAAAUGCAGUAAAAACUUCUGACAAAAUUCAACAUCCAUUCAUGAUAAAAACUCUCAACAACCAAGGAAGGUAUAGAGGAAACACACCUCAACAUAUCAAGACCACAUACGACAAGCCCACAGCUGACAUCCCGAAAAGCUGAAAGCCUCUCGAGAUCAGGAACAAGACGGGGAUGCCCACUCUUGCCACUGUUAUUCAGCACAAUAGUGGAAGUCCCAGCCACAGCAGUUACGCAAGAAAAGUAAAGACACUCAAAUCAGAAAGUAAGUAAAAUGACCACUAUUUGCAGAUGACUAUAUAUAGAAAGCCCUAAAGACUCCAACAAAAAACUUUCAGAACCAACAAAUGAAUUCAGUAGUCACAGGAUAUAAAAAUCAAUAUACAGAAGUCUGUAGAAUUUCUGUACACUAAUAAUGGACUAUAAAAAAGAGAAACUAAGAAAACAAUCCCAUUUACAUCUGCAUCAAAGAAUACCUAGGAUUUAACCAAGGAAGUGAAAGACCUAUACACUGAAAAUUACAGGACAUUGAUGAAAGAAACUGAAAAGACACAAAUAAAUGGAAAGGUAUUCUGUACUCAUGGACUGGAAGAAUUAAUAUUGUUAAUAAACUGCCCAUACUACCCAAAACGAUCAACAGACCCAAUUCAAUCCCUAUCAAAAUUCCAGUGGCAUUUUUCACAGAAAUAGAACAACCCUAAAAUUUGUAUGAAACCACAAAAGACCCCGAAUAGCCAAAGCAAUCUUGAGAAAGAACAAAGCUGGAGGAACUAUGCUCCCUGAUUUCAAACUAUUACAAAGCUACAGUAAUCAAAACAGUAUAGUAUUGCCAUUAAACAGAAACGUAGGUUAAUGGGACAAAAUUGAGAGCCCAGAAAUAAAUCUAUCCAUAUAUGUUCAGUUAAUUUACAAUAAAGGAGCCAAAUAAUAUAAUGGGGGAAAGGACAGUCUAUUCAAUAAAUGGUGCUGUGAAAACUGGACAGCCACAUGCAAAAGAAUGAAACUGGACCACUAUCUUACACCAUACACAAAAAUUAACUCAAAAUGGAUUAAAAACUUAAAUGUAAGACCUGAAACCAUAAAACUAGGGGAAAAAAAUGAAAAAGCAGUAAGUUCCUUAACCCAGUCUUGGUGAUGAGCUUUUGGAUCUGACACCAAAAGCAAAGGUUACAAAAUCAAAUACAAACAAUGAGACUGCAUCAAACUUAAAAGUUUCUACAUAGUAAAGGAAACCAUCAGCAGAAUGAAAUGGCAACCUACUGAACAGGAGAAAAUAUUUGCAAACUGUAUAUCUGAUAAGGGGUUAAUAUCCAAAAUAUAUAAAAGAACUCAGACAAUAGCAAAAACAAUUCAAUUGAAAAAUGGGUUGAAGACAUGAAGAUGGCCACCAGGUACAAGAAAAGAUGCUCAACAUCAUUUAAACAUCAGGGAAACGUAAGUCAAAACCAUAAUGAGAUACCACCACACCUGUUAGAACAGCCUUCAUCAAAAAGACGAGAGAACAAGUGCUGAAGAGGAUGUGAGAAAAGGGAACCCUGUGCACUACUGGUGGGAAUUUAUAUUGGUGCAGCCACUAUGGAAAGCAGUAUGGAGGUUCCUCAAAAAGUUAGAACUACCACACCACCCAGUGAGUGAUUCCACUUCUAAGCAUUCAUCUAAGGGAAAGAAACAGUAACUCAAAAAGAUACCUGCACCCCCCUGUUCACUGCAACAUUAUUUACAAUAGCCAUGAUAUGGAAGCAACUUUAAGUGUCUAUCGAUGGAUGAAUGGAUAAAAACUUUGCACACACACAAUGUGUGCACACAAACACAAGAAAAUUAUUCAGCCACAAAAAAGAAGAAAAUCUUGCCAUUUGCAACAUGGAUGGACGUUGAGGGCAUUAUGCUAUGCUAAGUAAAAUCAGUCAGACAUAGAAAGACAAGCACUGUAUGAUCCCACUCAUACUUGGAGGGAGGGGAGGAACAGACCAAAACAAGCUCAUAGACACAAGGAACAGGCUGUUGCUUGCCACAGGUUGAAGUGAGGACGAGGGAGGGGACAAAAGGGGUGAAGGCGGUCACAAGGUACAAACUUCCCACUAUAAAAUAAGUCGGAGAUGUACAGUAGGAUGACUGUCGUGAACAGCACUGUACUGCACAUUUCAGGGUUGCUGAGAGAGUAAUCCUUAAAAGUUCUCAUAAAAAAGAAAAAAGAAUUGUAAUUCUGUAUGGUUAAUAGAUGUUAACUAGGCUUAUUGUGGUGAUCAUUUGCAAUAUAAAUAAAUACUGACUCAUUCUGUUGUACACCUAAGACUAAUGUAAUGUUGUAUGUUGAUUAUGUACCUCAAUUUUUAAAAAAAGGUUUUAAAUAUUAGUUUUCCAUAUCUGUACUCACCUCAUUGCAGAACCACAGCAAACAGUUCAGAGACUGGCCACGUUAUGCAGGGCACACUUAGAAACACCCAGCUGGUCCCAGUCCCUUGCCUCUUCUCAGCCUUGCACACCCCACCCACAAAAACAGGACCUUGAAAACUUUCUUUAUAUCUGAUGCAUAUGACACCUGCCCCAAACUAAGCCAAUUAUGAUCUCUCUUCCUGGAGAGGAUAAUAAAAACCGGAAUUCAGAGAAACUGGUUAUCUCUGUGGUUUGCUUAAAAUGAGGACAAGAAGCCUGGAGGCUAUGGGACAACCAUGUAUGGCCAUGUGUACACCAAAUAAUGAAAGCUGAUCUUCAAGAGUUGAAAGUGGAGCAGAUGUAGAGAAAGGAAAAGAAUGAAGACCACACGGCUGAGUCCCAGCUGCACUUGAUUUCCAUGCACGGCAGACUGACAUCCUUUCAUUGAAGUCUUUUUUUUUUUUUUUUUUUUUGCUUUAGCUCAUUUAAGUGCGUUUCUGUUACCUGCAACCAGAAGAACCCUAAGACGCUCACAUGGAGACAUUAGGAGAGGUUUUACUCUGAGCUGGCACAUGUACAUAAGGAGGCAGAGCAUCCGCACCAGCCAGACUCAAGGCCAGGACGACUGGCCUGCCUGGUGGAGGCAGCCAGACACCCCGGGUAUCAGGAACCCCAGGUUCUGGUCUGUACUCCACCAGGAAUUCUUACUGUGACUUGACCAAUAAAUCGCUUCGUUUUUCUGGUCCUGUCUCCUCAUUUGUCUAAGA